AGCAACUUGAUAAGGACGUUCUGGAUUCUUCUUACUGAAAUGGCUUUGAGAGUAACAAAUGUGGACUUCCUCGAGAAGGAGAAUGGCUGUCAGCACAACACCACAGAGUUUGACAACUCCCACCUCAUUGUGAGACGUGGACAGCCAUUCAGAAUAAAGAUUUCCUUUGACAGAGAAGUGACUCACAGAGAUAAAAUCACCUUACAGUUCUGCAUUGGGUCCCGGCCAAUGAAAUCAAAUGGAACUCUCAUAGCGAUUGAGCUGAACUCUAAAUUACCGCCUAAUGAGUGGAGUGCUCAAACCCAGGAGCAUCAUGGAAAAGAGAGUAUUGUAGCCGUGAAUACUCCAGCCAAUGCCAUCAUUGGAAUAUACUUCCUAAAUAUAAUAACACAAAGAGGAGUCAUUUAUAUGGCAGCAAAUCAUCCCAUUUAUCUUCUGUGCAACCCCUGGUGCAAAGAUGACAAUGUAUACAUGCCAAACGAGGACGAGAGGACAGAAUAUGUUCUGAAUGAUACAGGCUACAUUUAUGUGGGAUCACAAUCAAACAUCAAAGCAAGGCCAUGGAAUUUUGGGCAGUAUGAAGAAAAUGUACUGGACUGUUGCUUCUUUCUUCUUGACCGCAGUGGACUCAAACCAGCAGCAAGGAGGGAUCCUGUGAUUUUAUCAAGGAAAUUCUCAGCUUUAAUUAAUUCAAAUGAUGACAAUGGAGUCCUGACAGGAAAUUGGUCAGGACAUUAUUCUGCGGGAAGUUCCCCUACCUCCUGGACAGGAAGCAGCGCCAUUCUGCAGAACUAUUACAAAACAAAAAGGCCUGUUCUGUUUGGCCAGUGCUGGGUGUUCUCAGGCGUUAUAACAACAGUUAUGCGCUGCAUAGGGAUCCCAGCGAGGAGCGUGACUAACUUUUCUUCAGCUCACGAUACUGAGGAGAACCUGAAGAUUGAUUUCUACAUGAAUGAGAAAGGAGAAAAGAUGGAGGACUACUGCAGUGAUUCUGUGUGGAACUUCCAUGUAUGGAAUGACGUAUGGAUGAAAAGACCCGACCUUCCUAGUGGAUAUGAUGGCUGGCAAGCUAUCGAUGCAACUCCACAAGAGCCAAGUGAAGGCAUCUUCCAGUGUGGUCCCUGUUCUCUGACAGCUAUCAAAAAUGGAAUGGUAUAUCUGCCAUAUGAUGCCAAGUUUGUGUUUGCUGAAGUAAAUGCUGACAAGAUUGAAUGGAUGGUGAAAGAAAUAAAUGGAGAUGAGGAGUAUAUUGUGGUAAAGGAGGAGAAAAAGACCAUUGGGAAAUUCAUCAGCACAAAGUCAGUCAAUAAGAAUGCGAGACAAGAUAUUACAUUAGAAUACAAACACAAAGAGGGUUCCGCAGAAGAGAGGGAGACUUUCCAAACUGCCUGCUCUCACCUAAAGUCCGAUGCUUACCUAGUGUUUUCAGCGCCCCCUCCGCGUGCCAUUAAGAUACAGAUCACAGGAGAAAAGGAGUUACCUCCUGGGAAGCCAUUGUCCCUUAAUAUAUUGGUUGAAAAUGAAUCAAAUGAGUCAAAAACAGUGACUGUCACUGCCGGCUGUCAGCUUCAGGCCUAUACAGGCAAAAUUAUAGCCUCACUGGCAUCCAUCGUACAGACUGUGGAACUGGCAGAGAAACAAGUUGCUACCAUCCCUGUGAUCGUUGCUGCUGAUCAGUACAUGAAGUCUAUGACCUUAGUAGAUGAUGAGCUCAUGAUCAGACUUAAUGUCAUAACCGAAACUAAAGACGGACAAGAAAAAAAUAGCGAGUGCCUGGUCAUGCCAUUUCUUUACCCACCAAUUAUUGUGGAGAUGCCAGAAACUGGAAAGAUUAAUGAAGAUUUUACCUGUACAUUCACAUUUAAGAAUACACUAAGUGUUCCAUUAGAGAAGUGCCAGCUACAUGUGGAAGGACUUGGCAUCUUCCGACUUGAGAAGUUUGAUCAAGGGGAUGUUAGACCUGGAGGAAUCUUUCGUUCCAAGAUUAUUUGUGCCCCUAAGAGAGCUGGAGAAAAGAAGAUAGUAGCGGAGCUCAUUUCCAAGCAAAUUAAAGGAAUUCGUGCAGAGAAGAUAAUCAACAUCACUAAUUAAAUCUUGAAGAAGUGUACGUUAAAAUAGAGGCCUGGUUGCAUUUGGGGCAGAUGGUUUUGACAAAGCACUUAUGACGAAUACAAAAUAAAAUCUAUAUGAAUUUUGGAAAAUCA